AUAAAUCAUGAAGGUUUUCCUGCCAUCGUUUAUCAUUCACUUGGCGGCGCAGUCUUCACGAGCGACUCUGGAACAACGCCUGUUCUCCCGAGUCCCCGCCACUUCAAUGGAGAUGGGUUGCCUGAUCGCUUCUUUCUUCGCGCCGCCGUCCGUCCUGCCAUUCAAUAAGUUGAAAUCGUGCAGCUUCGAGUGUAUGAAUAUGGCAGCUUGUGAAGCGUUUUGUGUUUUUGAAGAUAACAACUUGUGUCACUUCUACAAGUCGUUUGUUACUACUCACUUCACGGGCGUUCCAUCCGCUGAUUUGUUCUACUCAGCGUGUUACACGUCAUGGGGCCAUCCACGGAACAUC